CCACAACCACGCACAGCUUAUCGACUGUAGCUUUGGCAAGAACAGCAUUGGCAUCAAUAAAGUAUGGAGCAUCGGCCCGUACAGCUCGGCGCAGCAGAGAUAUGGGAUACUUCCAAGUGCAUGCGCAUUCUACGACCACUCAAACUCAAAAUCAUGGCCUUGCAGCGGACCUUGACUAGCUCGCGAUCAGUCAUUGACGGCAUGACCAGCUGGAAGGACCUCUCCUCGACGACAUUCCGGCCGCCCAGUCAUAGUAAUACGUCGGAUGACUUCAGCGACGCAACGUAUGGUAGGCCAAAGGCGCGUAUGAUCAAGUACGGUUCAAGGAAGACUGCGAUUCGGAAGGCUGUUGUUGAUAGCGUCUCAACACCAGAAGACUUGAUUCAUGGCUUACGUGCAAGCAUGCCGCCUCAUCUAUCUGCAGCGUAUGUUGGCGUGUUUGAAGCGUACAAGGGCAUUCUUGAACGUUCGAAUCAGGUGGUUGCUAGGCCAAGUCUCGCAAGUCGCGCGGCAUCAGCAGUCGGCAAGUGUAUCGUCCUGACUUCCGAGGAUGUCACAGGUACGCCUGUUGAUGCCGAUGAGUGGUAUGAAGCGACACCAGCGCACCUCAGAACAGCUACCAUGAUUGGUCAAGCAUGUCAGACAAUCGUCAGCCAUUCCGAGAUGCUUGCCCCCAUCAUGCCUGCCUUGGCACUUUGUACAGCCCCACAUCCUCUUGCGUGUGAGAUACUCGAAGGCUUACUGUCAACAAUAUCAUUCACGGGUUGCAGAAAGGUCGGGAUGCUCGCUUUGCAACGUCUGGCGUGUCAACUGGGCUAUCCGCAGCUCCUGCAACGUCAUUAUGCGCAGCGUUUCUGUCUAUCCUACUUCAACAGUAUCAACAUACCGCUGCUGACAUUGCCGCAUCUCGAUGAGCCUCUCGACCAAGACACAUUUGCAUUGUACAAAAAGAUGGCACAAGCUGGCUUUGAUGGUUGCCGGCGCACCAAAGACGAUGAAGCAAGAGAGGCUAUUACUUCCACGCUUGAGGAAAUGGCAACACGCACUAUCCAGCAUGGAUCUGAGACUGUUCUCACGUACAUGGCAGACUUGUACUUGAGCAGACCACAGCGGUCAGGCGAGUUUGACGAAUUCCAGGUCCUUGGUAUGGCACACGAGGUAGCGCUUCUCCAGCAUCAAAGCAACUCACAGACGCAGCUAGUCUCUCUCCAGACGAGCUUCAGGCGUCUUUCACACUGCUCAAACAAGACACAGCACAUUGCUUCAAUGGUCAGUCUUUUCAGCCAGGACCAGGUUGUCACGCUUGCAGAGCUGUUAGUUGGCCGUGUUGAUCAGCUCGCAGUGCUCCUUGCGUAUGAAGCAGCAAACCAACAUCAGGGCGACUUUGUGGACUGGGCCAUUGAGGUAGAGCGAAGCGUCAUGGAAGCGAAAACUGACAGCAAUGCCGGACGCUGGCGAUAUGAGCCAUUGCUAGAUUCGUGGGUCGCAAGCACACCGGGAGUUAAGAAGAUCAAAGGCAUUCAGCAAAGCAUGCAGAGCGAACUUGAUGUGGAUGAAAGUACGGAUGAAACAGACUACGAGGCCGACACCUCUCAGCACAACUUUGUGAUUUGGGACGCCAAUGCAGACGAAAAGGAUCUCAUUUCGCCCUUUCAAGCGGCCAUCAAACCACUCGACUUGCAGGAUCUGUCUGCUCGUCGCCUUCAAGACCAGCAAGCGUCCGCAAAGGUGCUCAAGCGGUACAAGCAGCUUUCUUACGAAUCUUGCGGGAUGUCUCCGCUGGUGAAGCGUGCUCAGCAAGGCAUGAAACGCGUCUUGGACGAAAGCGACUUGAUGUCUUCGCCUAUUCAAGCGACUCGCAAGCGAUCACGCAUGCAUAUUGUCGAAUCCCUGCCUGUAGCAGACGACUCUGCCGAUACGAUGCCACGGUCGACGCAACACCGGUUGAGGCAGACUCGCAGUCGGCCGGACGUUCUAGUGCCUCUUUGUGACUCGCCACCAAAGGCGCGCGAGAUGCGUGCGCCAAUGCGAGAGCUCAAGAACCUCAAGAGCAGCUUUUUGUCCUUGAGACGCAAAAAGAACGCUGAGGAGCCAAGGCGACUUGCAACUGUGACCAAGACGCCUCUGAGACAAGCGACUAGGUAUGAGCUGAGCAGCAGUGACGAGGAAGAAGAGGUCGUUUGCCCUCUUUCUGAAAGCGAUGAGCUCUCACUCUUGUAAAUUACAUCAUUUGUCUAUCUAAGAGGUUCGAUCGUGCCCCUGAAACCUUGACCACAAACCACUCACGCAAAUGCUUCGUCAACUGUUAGCUGUGCAGUUGCAUGCUGUUCUGUCUAUCUUUUCUUCAGCAUCCCUCUUCUUGCUCCUAUCUCCGCUGCUAGAGCGGCACCGUAUAAGCUGUACGAUCCAUUUCGAGGCUAACAAGGCAGUCGCCACGAUCGC